AUGGCGCCCAGCAAGCUCAAUGUGCUCGUCUACACAGCUCACGCUCAUUCUGCGCGGAAAGGCGUCGGCACGACCGUCGAGUCAGUCCGCCACUGCAUCUGGACUCUACGCCGCCUGCUCUCGCCCAACUACGCCGUCAUUCCCAUCGCCGAGACGGUGUUGAUCAAGGAGCCGUGGCCGUCGACGUGCGCGCUGCUCGUGUUCCCCGGCGGCGCCGAUCUCGGCUACUGCCAGGCCCUCAACGGCGAGGGCAACCGCCGCAUCAGCGACUUUGUGCGCCGCGGCGGCGCGUUCCUGGGCUUCUGCGCCGGCGGCUACUACGGCAGCCGGAGGUGCGAGUUCGAGGUCGGCAACCCGCCCCUGGAGGUCGUCGGCAGCCGGGAGCUGGGCUUCUUCCCGGGGACCUGUCGCGGAGGCGCCUUCAAGGGCUUCGAGUACGCCAGCGAGAAGGGCGCGCGGGUGGUGCGGUUGAAGGUCGCCAAGGAGGCGUUUGGCCAGGAUGACGUUCCAGCCGAGACUUUGUCCUACUAUAACGGAGGCGGAAUCUUUGUCGAUGCGGCCUCGAUCAAGACCAACAAGGUCGAGGUGCUGGCGACGUACGAAGACGAGACCGAUGUCGACGGCGGAGAUGGCAAGGCCGCCGUCGUUCUCUGCAGCGUUGGAAGCGGCAAGGCGAUUAUGACGGGUCCUCACCCCGAGUUCGCCGCAGUCAACUUGCACCCCCACCCAGCCAUCCCUGACUACGCCGAGCUGAUCAGCAAGCUGACAGACGAGGACAAGUCCCGCGUCGACUUCCUCAAGGCAUGCCUGUCCAAACUCGGCCUUGAAGUGAGCCAAAACGAUGCCGGCGUUCCUUCCCUGUCUCGCCUUCACCUCUCCUCGCUCGAGGAAACGGGCGUGUCCGAGCUCCUGGCCGACAUGGCCGACAUCAUCGACAAGGAGAACGGCGAGGAGUGGAUCAGAGGCGAGGGCGAUACGUUCCACAUCGAGAACGAGGAGACCAUCUGGGGCGUUGAGGGACUGCAGGAGUCCUUGAGUCAGCAGGGUGAGUCUGACGCGUCGUCGGCCGGCAUCACCGACUACACCAAGGUCAUCAAGAAGAUCGUGCCCCAUGAAAAGGGUCAUCCUCACCCCAAGCUCACGCCGCAGUUCAAUCACGGCUUGUACUUCUCCAGCUUGCGUCGCUACCAGCAGAUCGAGUCUGAUGCGGAGGAGUGGGGGAGCCUGCUCAUGUACGGCGAGGUGUUGACCAGCACAAACACCAUUCUUGAAAAAAACCCCAAAAUCCUGUCCAAGCUCUCUACUGGAUUCACAGUCUGCGCAUCCACCCAAGUCGCCGGCAGAGGCCGUGGAUCCAACGUCUGGGUAUCGCCACCUGGAUGCCUCAUCUUCUCCACCGUCAUCAACCACCCGGCCCAUCUCGCCGUGAGUCGACCGGUUGUUUUCAUUCAGUACAUUGCAGCGAUUGCUAUUGUCGAGGCUGUGCAGUCGUACGACCGCGGGUACGGUGACAUCCCAGUCAAGUUGAAGUGGCCCAACGACAUUUAUGCUCUUGACCCGACCAAGCCGGGAGACAAGCCUUCCUACGUCAAGAUCGGCGGUAUUCUAUCGCAGUGUCUCUACUCGAACGGCUCCUACCAGAUCGUCCUUGGCAUCGGCAUCAACACCAACAACCCUCGUCCUACCACCUCCAUCUCAGACCUCCUCCCCCCAGGCGUCCCAGAGCUUCACCUCGAGUCGCUCCUAGCCCGCAUCCUCACCCGUAUCGAGGCCGUGCACGCCCAGUUCCUCCGCGAGGGCUUCUCCCGCGACCUCGAGGGUAGAUACUACCGCCACUGGCUGCACACCGGCCAGGCCGUGACGCUCGAAGCCGAGGCCGGCGUCAAGGCGAGGGUCCUGGGAAUCACCCGCGACUGGGGCAUGUUGCGUGCCGAAGAGGUCGACUCGGCCGGUAGGGGCACGGGCAAGGUGUGGACGCUGCAGAGUGAUGAGAACAGCUUCGACUACUGGAAGGGUCUUGUGAGGAGGAAGACCUAA